CCGGGGGCCUGCAACUCCCGUUGUGACUCCCUGCAACGUCGCCCAGCUAGACGUGUAGGAUUACAGCUCCCAUGCCGCGCUUCCGCGGUCCCGGCGGCACGAGCUAAGUGCCGGGGCGGGCAGCUCGACAGGCGCACGGGCCGUUUGAAUCGAUCGACCCCACGGGAGGAUUUGGGGGCAGGACACACCCCGCGCCUUGAUGGUUGGAGGGGUCGCUCGCAUACCGCUUCGUGGCCGCGAUCCUUAAGCGUGCGCCUUGGCAGGCAGGCAGGCCAUCGAACCAGAUCAAAGCGCGCAGGAAGAAUAAGUACGAGAGCGGGCAGAGCCCUCCGCCCCAAAGAGCCUGCAGUCCGUGCCUGGAUGACGGCGGGGAGCCGGCGCGACCAGAUCCGAGCAGCGCGGCGCUUCCCCGCCUGGCGCCCUCCAAGAGGUUCCAGGCUGGCCGUGCUGUCUCGGGCUGUUGGGAAAUGGAGUCCGAAGCAUCUGGAGGGUGCCGGGGUGGCGAUGGCAGGCCAAAGCCCGUACACCGGGGAGCGGCAGCCGGCAGCCUCCUAGGCGCUCUUGGACUACCAGUCCCAUCAUCCCCAGACGGCCGACCGGAGCUGCGGCCUCUUUAAGGGCUGCCGCGUCUGGCCGUCGCUUGGCAACCCCUGGCUCCGUUUCCGCCGUCGGGGUCGGGCCGAGCGGCCUUCCCCGCGGCGCGCUGCCCCGCGAUGUCCCAGGAACAGCCGCCCCCGGAGGCGGGAACCCCCCCGAAGGAGGCGGCGGCGGCGGCGGCGGCGAGCGCCAUCCAGCGGACCAGCGACUGCUACCGGACGGACCCCAACCUGCCCACGCGGUUCAACCACCCAGGGUGGUUUCGGGGCUACAGAAUGAAAGAGCGCAAUCCCUUGUUCAGGACCACGAACAUGGACUAUGGCGGGAAACCACCAACGGUGCAUGAAAUGCCGACCCAAUUCCACACCAGCCCACACGCCUUCUCAGACACCCUUGUGAAGUUUGGCAUGUACAGGAACCAUGGGAUCAAUACCUUCCUGGAGAAAAGUAGCGUGACUGGUCCAGACAACUUCAUCACUUCCUUUGACACCUACAACUUCCACCCCAGUUACAGGAGUGGCGGCCCGUCUUUUUGUGAGUAGCACAACCCUGCAGGAUUGCCUGUGGAGAUUUCUGCUGUCUUGAGCUCCUGGGAGACAUCAAGAAAUGAUACUCACCAAAUCCCUGCCUUUAAAACUCCAGCAGAAAGAUUCUGUCGCACUCUUCACUCUACGGGCCUCUUGGCUGCAAUGUGCACAGCUUGCACCACCUUGCUUCCGAGUUACACUGAAGUGCCCAUGCAGAUCUCCACAAGGUUGCUCUGGAGUGUGCGGUUUGCAGAUUGCACAGGGGCAACCAGCUGUAUUUGCAAUAAUGACUGUUUGACAAAGGGUACCAUGUAAUGAGGGUUCCAGUACACCUUCCGCUCAAGGACGUACGUUUCCUGGGAAAUCAGGGAACCAGGAAAGACUCAAUACCUUGGAUGAGACCCUCAGUCUCUUGUCGUUUGCCCUGCUUUGCUUCCGUGCCAUUAAAGGUGCUGAAUUCAAUGAUUAUA